AAAAUUUAAAUGCAAUUCAGCAAGAACAAAACAUCCUUUCAGAAGAGAUCGGUAUCGAAGAACCUCAACAAGAAGAAACCUCACUAAAUAUGGCUAUUAGCCAAGAAAGUGAUGAAAUAAACAGUAUCACACUAGCAGAAAAAGAUCUCAUUAGUUCAGUUGAUAAAGUCAUGAACAGCAUUGAGAAUGAUGCUUCUGCUACAGAAAAUCUAGCCACAG